CUCUUUCAAAAUUUUGCAUUGUCUCCAAACCUUAUAUCUCUUACGAAAGCUGUCUUUUAUGCUGUGGAUGAUGUCUAAGCUUGUGGUUUCCGCAGAGAAGUUGAUUUAGUAAGUAAAUUUUCUUGAAACCUGUUUUGUUUUGUUUUUUUGUUUUUUUUGUCUUCCUCUUGCUCUCUCUUCACUAGUGUUCAAUUAGAUAUGAACAGUGUUCAUAUCUAAUCCACCAUUAUCUGUCAUACGAGUCUCUUGUAGAGUGUUGAUUCUCUCCUUCUCUCACUCACUCACUUUCAAGGAAUUAAUUGAAAUGUGUGAGGAAUGAAAUUGAAUGUGUGGUGUUUUUGCUAACCUCUUCCGUUUGAUUUGCAUGGCCUUUUGAUCUAGAGGGAUUAAUAAGCCUUGUGAUGAUUAUAAAGAAGUUUAAAGCUCUAUCUUCCUCAAUUUUUUGAAGUGGGUCAUCCUUCUUUUCGAAUUAGAAAGAGAAAUUAAGAGGAAUUAAUUCAUGGUUUUUUUUUUAAAAAAUUUCUAGGUGUGUUUUGUGCUUCUAAAAGAGUGGACAAGUUUGACAAAAUUAAAAAUAAAUAAUUCCUAGGUAUUUUAAGAAAGCAACCCACUUCCAAUUUCAAUCAUUUAAGGCCCAUCUUGUUCGUAUAAGUUGUUAACUCUAUUCUUCUCUCCAUCUUUUGGUCUCCAAACAACCAAACCGAAAAAAAAACCCACAUAAAUCAUCAUUAACAACCCUAAAAAGAGGUCAUGGAACUUUCUAGUCAAGAAGGAGGAGACAUCCCAAUUCCAAUAAACACAGCAUUUGAUGUUGGCCACAUGAUUCACCACCAUGAUCAUAAUCUUCCUAAUUCCUCCAAUGGCCCCUCCAUACCCACAAGCCUAAACCAUCAUCAUCAUGACCAUGCCAACAACAAUCAUGUGCCUUACAAGAAGAUUGUGAGGUACAGAGAGUGCUUGAAGAAUCAUGCAGCAACAAUGGGAGGAAAUUCCACGGAUGGGUGUGGAGAGUUCAUGCCAAGUGGAGAAGAAGGCACCAUUGAAGCACUCACUUGCUCAGCUUGCAAUUGCCACAGAAACUUCCACAGAAAAGAAGUAGAAGGUGAGCCCUCCUCCUCCUCUUGGGUAGGAAGGAAACUUCUUCUUGGGCAUCCCCACCAUAAGAACCUUUUGGGCCAUGAAACUCCUCUUGGGUACCCAACUUUUAUAUCCUCAAGAGCAGCACCAACACCACACCAAAUGAUAAUGUCCUACAACAACAAUGUUGGGUCAAUGUUGCCUUCAGAAUCUGAUGAACAGGAAGAUAUUAUUGGUGGUGGUAGCAGACAACCUCAUCAUCAUCAUCAUCAGCUUGUGAAGAAGAGGUUCAGGACAAAGUUCACACAAGAACAGAAGGAGAAAAUGUUGAGUUUUGCUGAGAAAGUUGGGUGGAAAAUACAAAAACAAGAAGAAAGUGUUGUACAACAAUUCUGCCAAGAGGUUGGAGUCAAGAGAGAAGUUCUCAAGGUUUGGAUGCACAAUAACAAGCACAAUCUUGCAAAGAAGAUCAACGACAACAACACUAAUAUUGUUGCUACUGCUGCUGCUACUACUACUUAUUCUGCAUAGAGUUAAAUUGAAGACAAAAAUUCUCUCUUUAUACCUUCUUAAUUAUUUUGUUGCCUUAACCCACCUUAUAAUUAAUAUUGUUAGGUUUAAGUACUUACUUUCCCUACCCUAUCUUUAUUAUUAUUAUUAUUUUGGUUUUGGCAUUGUCUCA